AUGCUUCGAGCCGUUGUUGCUCCGCAGUUGCGGCUGCCCGCCUGCCGGUGCGCUGCACAAGCUCCAACACUCUCCGUGGGUGGCUCCAUUGGCGCCAAGGGCUCAAGGAGGUGGCGCACUGUCGUCUGUGCUUCUGGUGCUUCAAGUCGAGAGGUGGUGAGUACGCCUGAAGCCCCCAAGCCUUUCGGUCCAUAUUCUCAAGCGGUGAAGGCCAGAGGGCUUGUCUUUCUUGCUGGUCAGCUGGGUGUUGAUAAGGAGACUCUCAAAUUUGUGUCUGAAGAUGUCGCUGAGCAGACUGACCAGGCGCUGAAGAAUAUGGGAGCUGUGUUGAGAGCCUCUGGCUCUGAUUUUAAUCGAGUGAUAAAGACUAUGGUGCUUUUGGAAGACAUGGCAGACUUCAAGGCAAUGAACGAAGUUUACGGUGGGUGCAUUAUUGCCUUGCUGCAUGGCAAAUUCCCUACAGAAGUUGUUCUGUGCAGAAGUGAUUGGCACAUCCACCGCAGAGCUGUUGAUUGUGGCACAAAGGCUGCUGCUUUCACAGUUGAGAUCGGAAUCGAAUGCGCUCACGAGUGCAUAGUUGGAAUUGACAACAAAUAG